CACGUGAUUUAUUUCCGGUCGGACAGUCGUGAGCUACCAGGAAGUUAGCUUAGCAGGACGAACGUUUUAUUCCAUUUUUUUUAAAUUCAAUUUAGCAAGCCAACAAACGGUCCGCCGUGGGAUGUGUGACCGAUACGAGAUGCAAUUUCAACUGUAACCUCUCCCUCCUGUGUGCUGUGCGAGCUAGCUGCUUAGCUCCAGGCCAGCGGGCUAGCAGCUCAAAGGUGGCGGUGUUGCAGUGACUAUGCAAGGGGAGACCACGGCAAUGCGAAUCACGGAAAGCGAAGGCAAACUGGAUGUUUUCCCCCAGAAUAGGACACCAAGCUCGGGUAGAGCCAGCGCUAAAAGCUGGCAGUAUAGUGACCACAUGGAGAAUAUUGAUGGAUACUUGAUGAAAUAUACCAACCUGGUGACAGGCUGGCAAUACAGGUUCUUUGUCCUGAACAAUGAGGCGGGCUUGCUGGAGUACUUUGUCAAUGAGCAGUCCCGGCCUCAGAAACCGCGUGGCAUGCUUCCCCUGGCAGGGGCGGUCAUCUCCCCCAGUGACGAGGACUCGCACACUUUCACUGUCAACGCAAUCAGUGGAGAGCAGUACAAGCUCAGGGCCACUGAUGCCAAAGAGAGGCAGCACUGGGUGAGCAGACUGCAAAUCUGUACACAGCAUCACACAGAGGCUAUGGGGAAGAGCAAUCCUCCGCCCAAGUCACGCAGCUACUCCACGGCAUCUCAAGGCAGCGGCAGUUCACCCAUGUCUCUGCGUCGAACCAGCCAGAACCCUGCCUCUUUAUUCAACUGGCAGAUACACAAGGGCUCAUCGCUCUACUCCAGCAAGCGCUCUUUGCUGCCAGACCACUUAAUAGAUGCCAGAGAUAUGAUGAGCCAGGCUCAAGGCCAACACAAAGACCUAAUCCAGGGCAUAGAGUGCCUGCCUGCAGCCCCUGGACUCUCUGCACUGGACCAGGACCUGCUGAUGCUGAAGGCCACCUCCAUGGCCACUAUGACCUGUCUCAACGAGUGCCUGCAUAUCCUCAACCUGCAGCAGGUGGCCAGGCAGAGAAGUUCGUUCGGAGGAUCCACCAUUGAGUGGCUGGAGCCCAAGCUGCCCGACAUCCUGAAGAACGGCAGCAACUUUUUGGGCAGUUUAACAACAGGAGAGGGCCUUGUGGAGGACGGCCGCCUGGAGCUCAGUAGCCCAGAGUCCUUCAGCUUCUCUGGGGAGCAGGAAGACAUCAAUGCUGAGGAUGAACUAGUGGACUCUUUCACGGACCAAGAGGAGGACCUGGGUGCUGUGGAGGAGGAGCGCAGUGUCAUCUUGCACCUGCUGUCGCAGCUGAAGCUGGGCAUGGACCUCACGCGAGUUGUCCUGCCCACCUUCAUCCUGGAGAAGCGCUCUCUGCUCGAAAUGUACGCGGACUUCAUGUCGCACCCGGACCUCUUUGUGGCUAUCGCAGACGGCAGCAGCCCGGAGGAUCGCAUGGUCCGCUUUGUGGAGUACUACCUCACCUCCUUCCACGAGGGCCGCAAGGGCGCCAUUGCCAAGAAGCCCUAUAACCCCAUCAUUGGGGAGACCUUCCACUGCUCCUGGAAAGUCCCCAAGAGACCAGAGGCCUCCUCUGUUGAGACUCCACAAGGAAGCCCUGACCAAGCUGCCUCCCAGGAGUCCUACCAAGUGCGCUUUGUAGCAGAGCAAGUGUCCCAUCAUCCCCCUGUGUCUGGGUUCUACGCUGAAUGCCUGGAAAGGCGCAUGUGUGUCAAUACACACGUGUGGACCAAGAGCAAGUUCAUGGGCAUGUCCAUUGGAGUCUCUAUGAUUGGGGAAGGUUGCCUGACUUUGCUGGAACAUGACGAAGAAUACACCUUCACGUUGCCCUGCGCAUACGCACGCUCCAUCCUCACUGUUCCCUGGGUGGAACUGGGGGGCAAGGUCAACAUCAAUUGCGCCAAGACAGGCUGCGCCGCAGUCAUCACCUUCCAGACAAAACCCUUCUACGGUGGCAAACUGCACAAAGUGACAGGGGAGGUGAAGCACAACGCCACCAAUGCAGUCGUAUGCCGCAUUCAGGGGGAGUGGAACGGCGCUCUGGAGUUCACUUAUACCAGCGGCGAGACCAAGGUGAUCGAUGUCACCAAACUUCCUGUUACAAAGAAGCUGGUUCGGCCGGUUGAGAAGCAAGGACUGACUGAAUCCAGACGCUUGUGGCAACAUGUAACGGAGGCCCUGCGGCAGAAAGAUAUUGAAAAAGCCACCGAGCACAAGAGGAUCCUGGAGGAGAGACAACGAUCCGAGGAGAGGCACCGAGCUGAGACAGAAACACCUUGGAGGACCAGAUACUUUGACAAAGAGGGUGAUAGCUGGAUUUAUAACAAACUGCUCUCCAAAAGCUCUGCUGCCAAAUCCUAAUUCAUCCCGACCGGUCGACUCAGGAAGGCAUUUGCAUGAAGAAUGAGAGCAAGAUGACUUGCACUGAUUUACAGGUGGACUCAUAUAUUCACAAAGCCUCCAAGCUUUUGUACCGACUAUAUAUAUAUAUAUAUAUAUAUAUAUAUGUACACAGUAUAUAUAAUCCCAUGUUAAUAAGACCUAUUCUUGUACAGGUAUGCUAUAGCCUUAAACUAGUCCGAUGAAUGAGGAAUGACAUUGUAAUCACUUUAUCACAGAUUAUGAUUAUGCAUUGACUCUGCUGGAAUGCACCCUUUCCAUUUUCUCUCAUAUCCUUUGUGGUUUUUGCAGUGGACGGAAAAGCUUGCUGUACAUGCACGGUUGCGGCUCCUCUUUGUCAGCGUGACACAUUUACACGUCUUGUAAAAGGUUUUAACCAAAUGUUCAUGUUUUGUAAUGCAAAUAAAUAUCAUUUUCUUUAAA